UCGGUGCCGUCGCUGCGGCCGAAUGUACGAGGCGGGCGCCGACGAGGCCUGCGUCUACCACCCGGGGAAGUUCCACGGCGGCCAUCUGAUCCUCUCCAAUCGCUGGUCGUGCUGCCACUCUGAAGUCGAGCGCAGUGAGGGCUGCCGCACUGCAGCGCUGCACCUCCAGUGCGCGGCGACUGAGGCCGCUCUCGACCAGGCCGGUGGCAGCGCGGGCCUGCGCCGGCGAGGCUCCACUGACGUGCCCGUUGCCAAGGGCGUGCCAAUCGUCGAGGGGCGGCCCUGCCCGACGGGCGCGCCCGACGACGCCGCCGUGUACAUUGUGUCGGUGGCGGACACGCUCUCCAGCAUCGCGCUGCGGCACCGGAUGACUGUCGGGCAGCUGAAGCGCUGGAACAAGAUGCUCUCGCCGAGCGUCUACGCCGGCCAGCGCCUCUACGUCGCGCCAGCCCCGCCCCCAACGCCAGAGGCGGAGAGGGCCGAGGCGCUGCGACUGGUGUGCCGGCGCGGCGGCGUUGGGCUCGCGGAGGCGGCGUAUUACCUCGAUGAGUGUGGAGGCGCCGUAGAGGCCAUCGCUGCGCUGAAGGCCGAUGGCGAGGAGGCCGCCGCCCGGCUGCCGCCCGCGCGAGAAUAGAGCGCAGGUCGAUUGUGAGAUGUGAGCGUCGGCGAUGCGGUGCGAGAUUGUGUCGAGUGCUUGGCGUUGGAUGGAAAUGAGUGCCAACCAUCCAUGUAC